AGCCGAAUGCGCGCCAGCUCAUGCAGGGACUCGACACGCUCACGUGAACCCUACAAUACAUUAUCGCACGCCAUACUGAACGCGUAGACAUGGACGGCGAUAUGUGAACACCGGCACCGACUCGCACAUGACCGUGGCUAGCUCUCAUUUCGCUACUUGCGAUACCAUACGGCUGCGCAUGCUGCCCGACGUCCUCAUCGCCCACCGGUCGCACAAUGUAAUACUUACAGUACGUGCUCCGGUACCCCAGGCUGCGACCUCAAGUCAUAACCAGCACCGCAGUACAGCUUGAUCAAAGAGUCUAAGUUCGUUCUGCGUGCUAAAGGACACGUCGCUGCUACGCUCGCUGGUGUACGAUGGUUUGCGCUGAGGAAAUGUCCGCAUGAGCCCAGCUAGUCGAAUGAUCAGCGGCACGUCCAUCGCUGUGGCCUUCAGCUGCGCAUUGUUCGCUUGUUCGGCACGGGAUGGGCAUACCAGUCAUCUGCGCUCCCGAUUGCAAGACUGGCUGUGUGUCCGAGUGCUCUACCGUG